AUGGAGACUGUCAAGCUAAAUAGUAGCGCCGCCAACUACGUCUCUGAGACCAUCCAGGGUGCUGGCUCUACUGCUUCCAAGGAGGCCAACAAGCACGUCGCCAAGGACUCCGAUGCCAAGGUCACCACCCGCGCCCAGGCCGCAGUCGAUGCUGUCGGUGACAAGGCCGAUGAGAAGAGCACGACGUCAAGGCUGAUGUCCACAAGGGCCGCUCAGCACUAA